AUCUGAUCAAUAUGCUUUCUGCCCCUGACGAGAAUUUUGCUGUUCAUAAUGUGUUUGACUGCUUGAUAUAAAACACCCAAGACACCUAAGCUACUACGAAACAGUUUGCAUUUUGUGCAGAUAUACUUUUUUUCUGUUUCAUUACCUUGCACACUUCCGACAUGGUGUCGAAGUCGUUCGUUGGUGGCCUGGCCGCGCGGGCUCUUUACUCAAUAUCGGGAAGACAGGCUGACCAAGAGACCUACACCGCGAAUACUCUAUCCGCUCUCACCACUCUCCAAGGCUGGUAUAACGAAUCCUCCGGAUUAUGGGACACUACAGGCUGGUGGAACAGCGCAAAUUGUCUGACUGUCCUGGCUGAUUUUGUUGCCAUCCAGCCAGACGCUGCCACCGAAGUGAAUAUCCCAGUUAUCAUACAAAACACGUUCGAGCAAGCACAGAAGACAACAGUCACUGCUAGCAAGCAGUUUACAGCGGGGGGAAUACCUAUGUCGACCUACACGAUUUCCAAGAGGUCAAAUACCAUCUCUGAACGUGGAUUCGACAAUUUCCUCAAUGACUACUACGAUGAUGAAGGGUGGUGGGCUCUGGCACUCAUUCACAGUGCUGAUCUCGAUGUUCAGGGUCUCGGGGAUCAAGACUACUUGGGCGCUGCAAGUACUAUUUUUGAGGAUAUGAAAGACGGAGCCUCGCCCUGUGGAGGCAUCUACUGGAGUAAAGUGACAAACUACACCGCUUCGAUUGCGAAUGAGCUUUACCUCAGUGUAGCUGCGUCUUUAGCUAACCGAAUGGAUAACAAGCAAUACUAUCUAUACAUUGCAUUGGCUCAGUGGGACUGGUUUAAGAAUAGCGGAUUGAUCAACUCUGACAAUCUCAUCAACGACGGCCUUGAUCCUGACACCUGCGAGAACAACGGCGGCAACACCUGGACUUACAACCAAGGCGUUAUCCUGGGCGGACUAGUGGAACUGUACAAAGCAACCGGUGACUCGUCCCUGCUCGAUACGGCCACAUCUAUUGCCUAUGCCGCCAUCGACGCCAAGUCCAAGAACGGCGUUCUCUACGAGGGCUGUGAACCUGACUGUGGUGCUGACGGUGCCCAGUUUAAGGGCAUUUUCAUGCGUAACCUGCAUUAUCUGCAGAAAGUCGCGCCCCAGGACAAAUUUCAAACUUUCAUAUUAGACACUGCCGACUCGAUAUGGGCGAAUGAUCGGGACAGCUCGACGAGUGGACUUGGGGUGACCUGGUCGGGCCCCUAUGAGACCGCGACUGCGGGGACGCAGAGUUCGGCGCUGGAUGCACUAGUUGCUGCCAUAGCGGUAGCUUGAUCUGCUUUCUCCGGGAUGUGUAAGUAUAUAAGAAUAAGCAUAUGAUGCCGCGGCAAGCUGUGAGCGAAGACUAUUUGGAAUUCAAGGAAAUAGAGGCAGAGCACUUGUAGUUACUAAGUAGACCCGCAAGAUGAAC